AUGGCUUCCCCUAGUACUCUCAUGACCGUCGCCUCCCCCACCACAACACUCGAUGCCCUGACACAGCACGACCACGGCAAACCCAACCACUCUGACAAGAUAGCUAUCAUUGGGUUGACCGUCGGCAUGGCGCUUCUGUUUCUGCUGUUUGUUGCUCCGUGCUGUUGCCUGCAGUAUCUGGCCCAUCGGCAGCAGAAGAGGGAGCAGAACAAAGAGGCUCGGAAACGUGGUAUAGUUGCGGGACGACAAUCUGCGUGUCAUUAUCUCAUCUCCCAAACUUCCAACUCGCAUCCAUCCCUUGGUGAACAUCUUCAAGCCAUCCAGACUGCAGUCAAGAAUCCUCUGCAGUCACUCACUGACAGCAUCAAGUCCUCGGCAACCGCAACAAUGACAAACACCAUCCACCGCCGCAUGAGCGACACCAAUGUAGUCAUCGCCAUCGCCAUCAGCUGCACCGCCAUCGUCGUCAUCUUCCUUGCAGCAGUUUGUUUCUGCAACUGGCGCUCUCGUCCCAAAUCACCUACUGGUGCCCGCGGCCGCGACCACGACGAUUCGGAUGCCAACUCUGACAUUGAACUGGAUGCCAUGCCUGAUGGUGCUCUGAAUCAUCCUCUUGUGCGGGGGAGCAAUGGUGCGGGACAUGUUUACCCGGUCUUUGAAGCGACUCAGACUCAUGCUCAGAACUGA